AUGCUCACAGCCUUGGCUAUCUUGGCCACCCUAGCGCCAUGCGCGCUGGCGGGGAUGUACAGUGCGCCUGUCGUCAAUCUGGACGCGAAGACCUUCAAGCAAGCUCUCAGCGUGGAACAUGCAGCGAUGGUAGCGUUCGUAGCACCAUGGUGUGGCCACUGCAAAUCCCUCGGCCCAGAGUUCUCCGCUGCGGCAACGUCUCUGUCCCCGCUCAUCCCAUUCUACGCUGUCGACUGCGAUGAUGCAGGCAAUAAACGGCUCUGCGCAGAGUACCAGAUCCAGGGGUUCCCGACCAUCAAGGCAUUCCCGAGGGCUCUGAAGGGGGCGGCGAGGGAUUAUCAGGGGGAGAGAAAGCGCGGCGCUUUGAUCGACUACGCGAAGGGGCUGGUCCCUGAUCGCGUCAAGAAGCUGAGGAUGGACGAGGGAGCCGAAACGGCGCUGGGCAAGUUUCUCGGUGAGAAACCUAGUCAGCCUCAUGCGCUUCUGAUACAUCCAUCGACACCGUCUAUUCCGUUCCUAUGGAAAGUUCUAGGUCAGCGCUUAUCCAGCACGAUGCACGUCGGUUAUGUCAAGGACUCGGCGUCCCACGAGACGCUCACUUCGCUCGGUAUCUAUGAACCCGCAGACACAUCGCGAGAUGCUACACGUGCCGUGUUUUGGGCUGCGAGCGCCUCCCGAGGUCAAAUAGUGGAAUAUGACGGCGCAUUCAAGUUCAACGCGCUCUUGGAGUGGCUCCAAGCCUUGAUGGACGGCAAGACACCGCCUCCUCCACCCAAAGAGGACUCCAAGGCUCAGAAACCCGUUCAAGCGGAUACACCGCCCGCUACCGCUGAUGCCGAUGCCAAGUCGGCUCGCCAGGCCGAGAUCGAUCGGAAAGCCAAGCUCCGGGCAAAGAUGGAGGAGGCAGAGAAGAGGGACCAGAUCAGGCGGGCGAAGUUAGCAGCCAAGGCAAAUGGAGGCGCGACUGCAGCGGGGACCGGAGGGGAGGAGGCGAGCAAGGUGGAGAAUGCGCCGAGGCCCGAGGCGGAAGAGGGGGUGGACGAGGAGAUGUUGCAGGGGAGCUCGCCGGCGGAGGGAGUUGUUGCGGAUGCGCAGCCCGAGGUGGAGGCUGGCUCCGGCGGUGGUGCCGAAGUGAGGGAGACUAUGGUCCACGAGGAGCUAUGA